CUUUUUUUCUGCGCCAGUUGUCCAUCGGCAGUUGCCAUUCGCAGUCCGAUUUUUACCUGCUGAUUCGAUAGAUCGAAGAUCCACGAUCCACCUGAUCUACCACGAUGAAUCGUCGGCUACCGGGGACCUUUAACCAGUGCCAGAGGCACCUCUUCGCCUCCUCGAAUCACCCUGCUUCACCUGCAUUCGCCACCAGAUUCCUUUCCACCUCACGAGUGAAUUACGAGAGGCAAGAAUGUCAAGUUUUGGUGGUGGGCGGUGGAACCGGUGGCUGUGCCAUGGCGGCCAAGUUGUCCUCCCGUCUGGGCAGCAACAAGGUGAUCGUUCUGGAACCAGAAGAAAAACACUAUUACCAACCCAUGUUCACCCUAAUUGGCGGAGGUAUGAAGAGAUUAGACCAAAGUCACCGGCAAAUGGCUGAUGUGCUGCCCAAAAAGGCCAAGUGGGUGAAGGAAAAGGCUCUGGAGUUCGAUCCGGAUAAUAAUACGGUUAGCACUUCUGGUGGGAACACGAUCAAGUACGACUUUCUUGUCAUUGCCACAGGAUUGCAACUUAAGUAUGAAAAGAUCCCUGGACUGGUGGAGGCCCUGGAGACCCCGGGCAGCAAUGUGUGUUCCAUUUAUUCGCCCAAGUACGUGGAUCAGGUGUACGAAUGUCUGCGUAGGACUUAUAAGGGAAAUGUGGUCUUUACCUUUCCCCAUUGCCCCAUCAAGUGUGCAGGUGCUCCACAGAAAAUAGCCUACAUAUCGGAUCACUACUUUAGGAAGAUGGGUCGCCGCAAUGAUGUAAAUAUCAUCUACAGCACAUCUCUUCCCGUAAUUUUUGGUGUCAAACAUUACGCUGAUGCUUUGAUGAAACUGGUUAAAAAGCGCAAUAUCACUCUUAAUGUGAAUAGGAACCUCGUGGAAGUCAGACAUAGUGAUAAUAUAGCCGUUUUCGAGGACCUCGCCAAUCCCGGAAAGUUAUACGAAGAGACGUACUCCAUGCUCCACGUGACGCCUCCGAUGACCGCUCCGGAUGUGGUGGCCAAUUGCAAGCAGCUGGUGACCCCAACUGGAUUCGUGGACGUCGACCAAAUGACGCUGCAGCACAAUAAGUACAGCAACGUGUUCUCCAUUGGCGAUUCGGCAUGCACCCCCAACUCAAAGACGGCGGCGGCAGCAGCUGCCCAGUCUCCGGUGGUUUUUAAGAACCUGAUAGCGGCAAUCGAGGGAAAGCCACCGACGGAUAUCUACGAUGGGUACUCCUCCUGUCCCAUUGUCACCGGCUACAACUCCUGCAUCCUGGCUGAAUUCGACUAUAAUCUCACUCCAGUGGAAACAUUUCCAGUUGAUCAGGCCAAGGAGCGUUAUUCCAUGUUCUUUAUGAAGAAGGAGCUGAUGCCGGUGCUCUACUGGCAGCUAAUGAUGAAGGGUUAUUGGAACGGACCGGCAUUCAUGCGGAAAAUGUUCGCCAAUCUUAAGUUUAAUAAAAAGUAAUAUUGACCUCA